AUGACUCUACUUCAGGAUGCUCAACAAUUAUCAUUGUAUGGUGGUAUCGUCUUACUUGUAUUCGGUAUAAUUGGUAAUGGAAUUAAUAUUCUAGUCUUUACUAAAGUGCGUAUUUAUCGAAUCAAUCCCUGUACAUUCUAUUUUCUCAUGGGUUCAAUUGACAAUCUCUUCUACGUUUGUCUUAAUCUUCCCAUUCGUAUUCUGAUUGUUUCUUUUCAAAUUGAUAUUAUUGGAUCAUCCGAUGUAUGGUGUAAAAUACGAAACUUUCUUCUAACUGUUCCUAGUCUUAUUUCCAUCACCUUUUCAUGUUUAGCAAUCAUCGAUCAGUUUUUAGUCACAUCAAAAAGUGCCUUUCUUCGACGUUAUAGUCAAAUUAAAUGGGCACAUCGUAUAUCAAUUCUGGUGAUCAUUUUCUGGUGUGUUUAUUGUAUUCAUAUAUUCUUCGUAGUUCGAAUUGUACCCAGUACGAAGGUUUGCACAAGUGACAAUCCAAGUUAUCUUGUCUAUUCAGUAGUGUAUCUACUUGCGAUCAUUUGUGGAAUACCCGUUAGCAUCAUGACUUUGUUUGGACUCCUGACAUAUCGUAAUAUUCGAGAGACAAUAGCUCUUGCCGAGUUACACUACGAUCGUCAGAUGAUACGAAUGACGUUUAUUCACGCCGUGCUUGUUGCUGUUAGUUUAAUACCGUUUGGAAUUAAUAAUGCGUAUAGUUUAAUUACAGCUGGAACAGUGAAAAAUCUGAAUCGACAGAUGAUAGAAUAUCUUGUUAGUACAAUUACGACUUUGGGUACAUAUCUAUACUAUGUGGGAAGCUGUUAUACGUUCUUAUUAACAUCGAAUCGAUUUCGUCAACGGGCCAGAAAAGAAUUAUUCAAUUGGAGUCACAAAAAUAGAAUAGAACCUUGUCAAGUUUUGUCUUGA